AUGCCCGCCUCAGAACUCCCACUUUUAUUUCUCCAGAUAGUGUUGGAUGGACGAACAUCGGGAUGCUUGUCUGAAAGUCCUAUAUAUCAGAGGAAGUUCGCGCUGCUGAGCCUGGCUUCGCUGGUCGUCCUGGGCGCUGCGGGAGGCGGCGCAGGAGGGGGACAUGGAGGCGGGGGAGGGGGUGGCUACGGAGGCUCUGGAGGCUCUGGAGGGACGUCGAGUCAUAGCUUCAGCCUUGGAGGAGGAGGAGGAGGUGGUGGUGGAGGCGGCUAUGGAGGUGGAGGAUUUGGAGGAGGAGGCGGCGGAGGCCACGGCGGAGGCGCAGGAGGGACGUCGAGUCACAGCUUCAGCCUCGGAGCCCCCGGCGUAGGAGGAGGACACGGAGGCGGAGGAGGUGGCGGAGGCGGGGGGUAUGGAGCAGGAGGUGGAGGGGGCGGUUUCGGAGGCGGUGGCGGCUCCUCGAGUAGCAGCUUCAGCCUUGGAGGAGGAGGCGGUGGCGGGGAUAUGGAGGCGGCGGCGCAGUGCACGGAGGAGGAGGAGGAGGAGGUGGCCAUGGAGGCGUCGGCGGCGGUGGAUAUGGAGGGGGAGCUGGAGGCGGCGCUUUCGGAGGUUCAGGCGGAGUCUCGAGUAGCAGCUUCAGCCUUGGGGGAGGAGAUAAAAUAUACUUAG